AUGUCAAGAGCAACUUCUAUCUCAUCUCAAUUUCGAAGAAUUCGAUACUUUUUCGUAGACAUCCAAGAAAAUCCAACGGGUACUGUUUGUACAUGUUCGUCAACUGAAGAGAUUAUACGAUCGGCAGAAAUUAAUAGGUACAGUAAUCAUGUUGAUAUUUGCUUCCUUUUAUUGGCUGCACUUGUCAUUGUCAAUGCCGUUCCAUAUCAACUUCUUAAAAGAGGAAGAGACAUAGGCUUGCCAUGUUCAGCAAAUCCUAGCAGUUCUUCCAUCUAUGCAAACCUUAAACCUUUCCCUCCUGUGUCUAAUCAAUCCGUUGAUUAUACAGUUUUGGAUUUUCAUUAUGCGAAAGCAGCUACAUUUUCAAUUGAUGUACCAGAUGUUCCGACACCACUACUUCCUAGUAAAUACGCGAUUACAGUAAUAAUUGCAGAUAACCCAAAUAAACCAAAAAUCCAUGCCUGUUCAUAUGCUAUUUUUGGUUAA